AUGUACCAAGAGAACUACGACGAUGAAGAGUUUGUGGGCAACAUUGACGUUGUUGCCGACUCGUAUGCCAAUGUCGAGGAGAUUGACGAGGCCGAGAUGGACGAGGAGGAGCUGAUUAUGCAGGCGCAGGCCGGCGUGCAGACCAUUCCCGAGCAGGUGCGCAAAUUCCUCGGACAUCUGCACCGGAACCUGAAGAACGGCAAUGUUAACGAUCUGGCCUACAACUACGAGAACCAGUUUGUGCGCCUGUCGGAAAAGUUUUACGCCAAGGGCUCGUGGCCCGAGCCGCAGUAUGUUGCGGCGCUGGUGGGCGACGACGGCCUGUACUACCGGCACAUCUACUCGCGGCUGCACCCGUCGCUGGAGACGCGGUUCCGGUCGUUCGAGAACUACUGCGACCUGUUCAACUAUAUCCUCAACUCGGAUGGCCCCAUUGAGCUGGAGCUGCCGAACCAGUGGCUGUGGGACAUUGUUGACGAGUUCAUCUACCAGUUCCAGUCGUUCUGCACGCACCGCAGCCGCGUGAGCAAGCGCACGCCCGAGGAGCUCGCCCUCCUGAAGGAGAACUCGCAGGUGUGGAACACGUACAGUGUGCUUAACGUGCUGUACUCGCUGAUCCAAAAGUCCAACAUCAGCCAGCAGCUGCUCGUCAGCCAGCAGGGCGGUGACGUUGUCGAGGCCGCUGGUCAGUUCGGCGUGCGCCCCCUGUACAAGAUGCUGGGAUACUUCAGCAUCAUCGGCCUUGUGCGCACCCUUGAGAACAUUGAGCUGGGCAACAGCCGCGCGCUGUUCACCCGUGUCACUGCCUGCCACGUCACUGUCUACUACUACGUUGGUUUUGCCUACCUGAUGAUGGGCCGCUAUGCUGAUGCUAUCCAGACCUUCGUGCACAUCCUGACCUUUGUCUCGCGCACGAAGCAGUACCAGCAGCGCUCGUUCCAGUUUGACACUGUGAACAAGAAGGCUGACCAGAUCCCCGUGCGUGUGGACGAGAACAUUCACACUUACCUGCGUGAGAAGUACGGCGACCAGCAGCACAAGAUGCAGCGUGGCGGCGAGGAGGCCAUUGAUGUUCUCUCCGAGCUGUACCUGUUCUCGUGCCCUAACUACCAGCUCAAGACCUUCCUGCGCGAGGCCCGCCUGCAGCUCGUUGUGCCGACGCUCAGGUCGUUCCUCAAGCUGUACACCACCAUGGGUCUUGACAGGCUGUCGACCUUCCUCGAUAUGGACGCGGCAGAGCUGCGCAACCAGCUUAUUGUCUACAAGCAGCGUUGCCGCCAGAUCAAGUGGGUCGGUGGCGCCGAUCUGCUGGCCGGUGAGCCCGAGGACAUGAUCUUUAUUGCUGAGAGCCGUGUUGGCCGCCGCUAUGCCGACUGGUUCAUCCGUAACACCAACAAGGUGCAGGACAUGAUCAACAGCCUGGAGAACCGGCAGAAGGCCGUCAUUGCCGACGCCGGUAAGCCCAAGGUCGAGGAGCAGGCGACCGUUGCUGUCAGUGCCUAA